AAUGUUCGGUUACUUGAUCGUGUAUCCUCAAGAAAAGCUGCACUGGGAACCUUGUAUUUAACAGCUACCCAUGUCAUAUUCGUGGAGAAUGCUUCUGAAACUCGUAAAGAAACCUGGGUUCUCCACAGCCAAAUUUCCUCCAUUGAGAAGCAGGCCACAACUGCUACAGGUUGCCCACUGCUGAUCCGCUGCAAGAACUUCCAGGUCAUCCAGCUGAUCAUCCCUCAGGAAAGAGACUGCCACGAUGUUUACAUCUCUCUAAUACGUCUGGCACGGCCAGUGAAAUAUGAAGAGCUGUAUUGUUUCUCAUUCAAUCCAAAAUUAGAUAAAGAAGAACGAGAACAAGGCUGGAAGCUUGUGGACCUCAAUGAAGAAUAUAACCGGAUGGGUAUUCCGAACGAUUACUGGCAGAUUAGUGACGUUAACAGAGACUAUGGCGUCUGUGACUCCUAUCCUACAGAAGUGUACGUACCAAAGUCUGCAACUGCACACAUCAUAGUGGGGAGCUCUAAAUUCCGGAGCCGAAGGCGUUUCCCAGCUCUUUCCUACUACUGCAAGGAUAACAAUGCCUCCAUAUGUAGGAGCAGCCAGCCUUUAUCUGGCUUUAGUGCUCGAUGUCUUGAGGAUGAACAGAUGCUCCAGGCCAUCAGAAAAGCAAACCCAGGAAGUGAUUUCCUAUAUGUUGUUGACACUCGACCCAAACUCAAUGCAAUGGCAAACCGAGCAGCAGGGAAGGGAUAUGAGAAUGAAGACAACUACUCCAACAUCAAGUUUCAAUUCAUAGGCAUUGAGAACAUCCACGUCAUGAGAAAUAGUCUGCAGAAAAUGCUUGAAGUUUGUGAGCUGAAAUCACCUUCAAUGAGUGACUUUCUGUGGGGCCUUGAAAAUUCAGGUUGGCUGAAGCAUAUCAAAGCCAUUAUGGAUGCUGGCAUUUUUAUUGCAAAGGCUGUGGCUGAGGAAGGUGUGAGUGUGCUUGUUCACUGCUCUGAUGGCUGGGAUAGAACAGCCCAGGUUUGCUCUGUAGCAAGCCUUCUGUUGGACCCAUAUUACAGAACUAUGAAGGGAUUCAUGGUUUUAAUUGAAAAAGAUUGGAUUUCCUUUGGUCACAAAUUUAACCACAGGUAUGGCAAUUUAGAUGGAGAUCCAAAAGAGAUAUCCCCUGUUAUUGACCAGUUCAUCGAAUGUGUCUGGCAGUUAAUGGAACAAUUUCCUUGUGCCUUUGAAUUCAAUGAGAGAUUCCUGAUCCACAUACAGCACCAUAUCUAUUCUUGCCAGUUUGGUAAUUUCCUGUGUAACAGCCAGAAGGAGAGACGAGAGCUGAAAAUCCAAGAACGAACAUAUUCACUGUGGGCUCACUUGUGGAAAAAUCGAGCAGAUUACUUGAAUCCUCUCUACAGAUCAAACCACAGCCAAACCCAAGGGACCCUGUACCCACAGAUGGCUCCAUGCAACUUCUUGUACAAGUUCUGGAGUGGUAUGUACAAUCGCUUUGAAAAGGGACUGCAUCCUCGACAGUCAGUUACUGAUUAUCUGAUGGCAGUGAAGGAAGAGACUCAGCAGCUGGAAGAAGAGCUGGAAGUCUUAGGAGAGAGACUGGCCAAUCUUCAGAAAAUGCAAUUAAAUGAUAAUAAAAUCCAGAGUAAGCAGCAAGUCCGAAGCAAACAAUUAGGGCUUUCUGCUUCCACCAACAGUUUAGCCAAUACUCCCCAGGAGUACAGCAGCGAUCUGAAAUCAUUCCCAUCCCGGAGCCCUUCACAAGGGGAUGAGGAUUCAGCCUUGAUUUUGACACAGGACAACCUGAAAAGCUCUGAUCCUGACCUCUCAGCCAACAGUGAUCAGGAGUCUGGUGUGGAGGACUUAAGCUGCAGGUCCCCAAGUGGGGGUGGCUGCUUGCCUAGCGAGGACAGUGGUAAGGAUUCAGAUGAAGCUGUAUGUCUGGCAGUCUGAAAUACCUUUUCAGCAGGAAAGGAUCUAGAUGAAGCCAAGUCCUUCAUGGUCUGG